AUGCUCAAACAACCAACAACAAAACCAUUGGCUAUUGUUGGGGUCAAUAAUAAUCAACAACAGAGAAGAGUUACACAGAGUAAUUUACCUCAACGACAAGCUGUCUCUUCAUCAUCACGACCAUCGACAUCAUCCCGAACACCACAACCACCAACAAAUUCAACUAGGAAAACCACAUCAAACAAUAAUCAUCAGACAAACAAUAAUAGACUUCGACAACAAUCAGCACACAACGUUCAUACAACAUCUAAAAAUUCUAAAAUACCUGAUAAUAGAAGUUCUUCUAAUGAACCUCUUAUUAGAUAUCACAAUUUGGAUGAUGAGGAACCGGAAACUUUGGAUGAAGAGGAAGAAGAUAUUCAAACAGUAUCUGUGAUCCCUUCUUUUGGAAGAAAUAUAUUUCAUCAACAACGAGUUAAUAUCAAUGGCGAUUCAGUAAUGAAAAUUAGAUCACCAAUAAUACAAACCCCUGUAAAUAUUCCAUCAACAGAACAAAAAGUAGUAAUCAAACCACCAACAAAGUUGACUGAUUCAAUAAGUGCCCUCACUAAACAAUAUAGAAAACUGGGCGAUUUCCCAUUUCAACCAACAAUACAACCUGAAAAACAAGAAAGCUUUUCGGAUGAGUGGUCAAGGAAAAAACAAGCUGCAUUAGAAAGGAGAAAAAACAAAUCGAGGAAUGAAUAUCUUGCAAGAAAAGUAGUUGAUCAUUGGAAAUGGUUUGCAAGAAAAGGAUUGGAUGAAAUUAAGGCCAAAAAUAAGAGGAAUAUCGUUUUAAUAUUCAAAACAUUUCAACAUUGGAAAAGAAGAAAAGAGGAAAGAGAUAAUUUAUGGAAAAAAGAAUUUAUUGUACAAACAAGACAAAAGUUCACUUUGAUGCAAACCUAUUUCAAUCAAUGGUUGACUCAAUUGGAAAUAUCGAGAGAAAGAGAAGAACUCUACACAGAUAGAGCUUACAGUUUUUUGAAACGAAAAUUGGAACACAAAGUGUUGAAAUCUCUUAAAUUAUUUGUUCUGCAAAGAAAAGAAAGAAGAGAAAUUAUUGAUAUAGCUGAUACUUUUGCAAAUAGAAGAAUCAUUAAGGGCUCACUAAGAAAAAUUAAGGAAGGUUAG